CAGGGGCCACCAUGCCAGCUGGGGGCCGGGCCGGGAGCCUGAAGGACCCCGAUGUGGCCGAACUGUUCUUCAAGGAUGACCCCGAAAAGCUCUUUUCCGACCUCCGGGAAAUUGGCCACGGCAGCUUUGGAGCUGUGUACUUCGCCCGGGAUGUCCGGAACAGCGAGGUGGUGGCCAUCAAGAAGAUGUCGUACAGCGGGAAGCAAUCGAAUGAGAAAUGGCAGGACAUCAUCAAGGAGGUGCGCUUCUUACAGAAGCUCCGGCAUCCCAAUACCAUUCAGUACCGGGGCUGUUACCUGAGGGAGCACACGGCAUGGCUGGUGAUGGAGUAUUGCCUGGGUUCAGCUUCUGACCUUCUAGAAGUGCAUAAGAAGCCCCUUCAGGAGGUGGAGAUCGCAGCGGUGACCCACGGGGCGCUGCAGGGCCUGGCGUAUCUGCACUCCCACAACAUGAUCCAUAGGGAUGUGAAGGCUGGGAACAUCCUGUUGUCGGAGCCAGGCCUGGUGAAGCUGGGGGACUUCGGCUCCGCGUCCAUCAUGGCACCUGCCAACUCCUUCGUGGGCACCCCAUACUGGAUGGCUCCAGAGGUGAUCUUGGCCAUGGAUGAGGGGCAGUAUGACGGCAAAGUGGACGUCUGGUCCCUGGGGAUAACCUGCAUCGAACUGGCGGAACGAAAACCACCGCUGUUCAACAUGAAUGCGAUGAGUGCCUUAUACCACAUUGCACAGAACGAGUCCCCCGUGCUCCAGUCAGGACACUGGUCUGAGUACUUCCGGAAUUUUGUCGACUCCUGUCUUCAGAAAAUCCCUCAAGACAGACCAACCUCAGAGGUGCUUCUGAAGCACCGCUUCGUGCUCCGGGAGCGGCCACCCACAGUCAUCAUGGACCUGAUCCAGAGAACCAAGGAUGCCGUGCGGGAGCUGGACAACCUGCAGUACCGCAAGAUGAAGAAGAUCCUCUUCCAGGAGGCCCCGAACGGCCCUGGCGCCGAGGCCCCCGAGGAGGAGGAGCCCACGCCCUGUUCGCAGGAGACGGAGCCCUACAUGCACCGGGCUGGGACGCUGACCAGUCUGGAGAGUAGCCACUCGGUGCCCAGCAUGUCCAUCAGCGCCUCCAGCCAGAGCAGCUCGGUCAACAGCCUGGCAGACGCCUCGGACAAUGAGGAGGAGGAGGAAGAGGAGGAGGAGGAAGAGGAGGAAGAGGAAGGCCCUGAAGCCCGAGAGAUGGCCAUGAUGCAGGAGGGGGAGCAUACAGUCACCUCACACAGCUCCAUCAUCCACCGGCUGCCGGGCUCUGACAACCUGUAUGAUGAUCCCUACCAGCCAGAGAUGACUCCAAGCCCUCUCCAGCCACCUGCAGCCCCAGCUCCCGCCUCCACCACCUCUUCCGCCCGCCGCCGGGCCUACUGCCGCAACCGGGACCACUUUGCCACCAUCCGCACUGCCUCCCUGGUCAGUCGGCAGAUCCAGGAGCACGAGCAGGACUCCGCCCUGCGGGAGCAGCUGAGCGGCUACAAGCGGAUGCGGCGACAGCACCAGAAGCAGCUGCUGGCCCUGGAGUCGCGGCUGAGGGGCGAACGCGAGGAGCACAGCGCACGCCUGCAGCGGGAGCUUGAGGCCCAGCGGGCCGGCUUUGGGGCCGAGGCGGAGAAGCUGGCGCGGCGGCACCAGGCCAUCGGGGAGAAGGAGGCGCGAGCCGCGCAGGCCGAGGAGCGCAAGUUCCAGCAGCACAUCCUGGGGCAGCAGAAGAAGGAGCUGGCCGCGCUGCUGGAGGCACAGAAGCGCACCUACAAGCUUCGCAAGGAGCAGCUGAAGGAGGAGCUCCAGGAGAACCCCAGCACCCCGAAGCGGGAGAAGGCCGAGUGGCUGCUGCGGCAGAAGGAGCAGCUCCAGCAGUGCCAGGCGGAGGAGGAGGCGGGCCUGCUGCGGCGGCAGCGCCAGUACUUUGAGCUGCAGUGCCGGCAGUACAAGCGCAAGAUGCUGCUGGCUCGGCACAGCCUGGACCAGGACCUGCUGCGCGAGGACUUGAACAAGAAGCAGACACAGAAGGACUUGGAGUGUGCGUUGCUGCUGCGGCAGCAUGAGGCCACGCGGGAGCUGGAGCUCCGGCAGCUGCAGGCCGUGCAGCGCACACGGGCCGAGCUCACCCGCCUGCAGCACCAGACAGAGCUAGGCAACCAGCUGGAGUACAACAAGCGGCGUGAGCAAGAGUUGCGGCAGAAGCACGCGGCCCAGGUUCGCCAGCAGCCCAAGAGCCUCAAAGUACGUGCAGGCCAGCGCCCCCCGGGCCUCCCGCUCCCCACUCCUGGGGCUCUGGGACCACCCAGCACAGGCACCCCUAGCGAAGAGCAGCCCUGCUCAGCUGGCCAGGAGGCAGUCCUGGACCAAAGGAUGCUGGGAGAGGAGGAGGAAGCAGUUCCAGAGAGAAGGAUUCUGGGAAAGGAAGGGAGCACCUUGGAGCCAGAGGAGCAGAGGAUUUUGGGAGAGGAAUCAGGAACCCCUAGUCCCAGUCCGCAAAACCAUGGGGGUCCUGUUGAUGAGGAAGUUUGGGAUCCGCCUGAGGAGGAGCUGAAGGGGCUUAGAGUCCCAUCCUUGUCACCCCAGGAGAGGAGCAUUGUUGGCCAGGAGGAAGCUGGGGCGUGGAGGGUGUGGGAGAAGGAGGACGGGGCUCUUCUCGAUGAGCAGUUUGAGCUUGGCUGGGUCCAGGGCCCAGCACUGACUCCCGUCCCUGAGGAGGAGGAGGAGGAGGAUGACGACGGGGCGCCGAUAGGUACCCCUAGGGACCCUGGAGAUGGCUGUCCCUCCCCAGACAUCCCCCCUGAGCCCCCUCCGCUACACCUGAGGCCCGGCCCUGCCAGCCAGCUCCCUGGACUCCUGUCCCACGGCCUCCUGGCCGGCCUCUCCUUUGCAGUGGGGUCAUCCUCUGGCCUCCUGCCCCUACUACUAUUGCUGCUGCUCCCAUUGCUGGCGGCCCAGGGUGGGGGUGGCCUGCAGGCAGCACUGCUGGCCCUGGAGGUAGGGCUGGUGGGCCUGGGGGCCUCUUACCUGCUCCUUUGUACAGCUCUGCACCUGCCCCCCAGUUUGUUCCUGCUCCUGGCCCAGGGCACUGCCCUGGGGGUCGUCCUGGGCCUGAGCUGGCGCCGAGGCCUUAUGGGUGUCCCUCUGGGCCUGGGGGCUGCCUGGCUGCUAGCUUGGCCAGGCCUGGCUCUACCUCUGGUGGCCGUGGCAGCUGGGGGCAAAUGGGUGCGGCAGCAGGGCCCCCGGGUGCGCCGGGGCAUCUCUCGACUGUGGUUGAGGGUUCUGCUGCGCCUGUCACCCGUGGUCUUCCGGGCCCUGCAGGGCUGUGGGGCCGUGGGGGACCGGGGCCUGUUUACACUCUACCCCAAGACCAACAAGGACGGCUUCCGCAGCCGCCUGCCUGUCCCUGGGCCCCGGCGAGCUCAUCCCCGCUCUGCCCAGCACCCACUAGCCCUGCUGGCAAGGGUUUGGGCCCUGUGCAAGGGCUGGAACUGGCGCCUGGCACGGGCCAGCCAGGGUUUAGCCUCUCACCUGCCCCCCUGGGCUAUCCACACACUGGCCAGCUGGGGCCUGCUGCGGAGCGAACGGCCCAGCCGGAUUCCCCGGCUGCUACCACGCAGCCAGCGACGACUGGGGCCCCUUACCUCCCGCCAGCCACCGCCAGGGAGUCUAACUGGGCGGAGACCCAGAGCCCGCCAGUCGCGGGCCCUGCCUCCUUGGAGGUAACCAGCUCCAGGCCAAAUCUAGAGCGACGAGCACUUUAUCUGCCAGGACUCAGUGAGGCUGUGCAGCCCCCAGUCCCCUCCCCACUGCAGCCCCCUCCUCAGUGUGCUUCCCGCCACAGGCCCAGCCUCCCCGGGGAGCCCAGAGGUUCCACUCUGUGUUCUGACGCCCUCCCCUAAGUUAUUGCUGUCCUCCCGCUGUGUGUGUGCUCAUCCUCACCCUCAUCGACUUGGACCUGGGGCCAGGGGGUGCUGGGGGAGGGGGGAAGAGUCAUGGUUUUUUUUUUUUCUCCUCUUUGAUUUUGUUUUUCUGUCUCCCUUCCAACCUGUCCCCUCCCCCCCACCAAAAAAAAAAAAAAAAAAGACAAACACAAAUAAAAUAUCUGAGCGGAACUGUA